AUGGAGACAGAAUCAGAAUACGAUGGAACCGAAUAUGAUACAGCAUCUGAAGCAGAAGAAAGCAGCGAUGAUGAUGUUCCAUUGGCCGGCCCAAGCAAUACUGAAGGCGGAGCACCAGGUAGUGUAGCCGAGGAACAGCGAUGGGAGACUGCCAAACAACGUGCUAAACGUUUGAAACGUGAAGCACGAGAAGCAAGAGCAGAUGCUAAUGCUCGUCGAACAGGUAAAGCACGCAAGAAAGAUAAGCGCUCACACUAUCAAAAGAGUUAUGAUGCCCUUGUGCAACAUCAUCCCGAAUUGGCAACUGUUUGGCCAGACUUACAAAAGAAGCCCAAGCAUGAAGUGAAGCAAGCCUUGCAACCUACUGGUUUGACCAUCAAGUUGCUUCCUUUCCAAUUGGAAGGUUUGCAUUGGCUCACCUCCCAAGAAAAGUCUGACUGGAAAGGUGGUAUCUUGGCAGAUGAAAUGGGAAUGGGAAAAACAAUUCAAAUCAUCAGCUUAUUCCUGUCUGACCGCAAGAAACCCAAUUUGGUCGUUGCGCCUACGGUUGCAAUCUUGCAAUGGAGGAAUGAGAUCGAAAAAUACACAAAAGGUUUCAAAGUCAUCGUAUGGCACGGAGCCAAUCGUUCUUCUGACGCAACGGCACUCAAAAGUGCCGAUGUUGUUUUGGCCAGUUAUGGUGUUUUGGAAAGUGCUUUCCGUAAGCAAGUUUCUGGCUUUAGACGUAAAGGAAACAUUGUCAAGGAACAAAGUGUGGUGCACAGCGUUGAAUGGCAUCGUGUGAUCCUUGAUGAAGCACACAACAUCAAAGAACGAGCAACUAACACCGCCAAAGCGGCUUUCGCGUUAACGGCAAAAUACCGUUGGUGCUUGUCUGGAACACCAUUGCAGAAUCGUGUUGGUGAAUUGUACAGCAUGAUUCGCUUCUUGGAUGGUGAUCCAUUCUCAUACUAUUAUUGCAAGAGAUGCCCUUGCAAAUCUUUGCAUUGGCAAUUCACCGAUCGUCGUAAUUGCGACAAGUGUGGUCAUACACCCAUGCAUCAUACCUGCUUCUGGAAUAACGAAAUCUUGAAACCUAUUCAACGAUUUGGAACGGCUUCAGGUGAAGGGCGUGAUUCGUUUGAACGAUUGCGUUUAUUGUUGGGAGGCAUGAUGCUUCGUCGUACGAAGCUCGAACGAGCAGAUGAUAUGGGUUUGCCACCACGUACUGUCGAAGUACGUCAAGAUAUGUUCAACGAAGAGGAGGAAGAUCUGUAUGAAUCUUUGUAUAGCGACACUACACGAAAGUUUAGCACAUAUUUGGAUCAAGGUACCGUGUUGAACAAUUACUCCAACAUUUUCACCUUACUCACCCGUAUGCGUCAAUUGGCCUGUCAUCCCGAUUUAGUCUUGCGUUCCAAGACGGGUAUUACGAAGAAAUUGUUGGGAGAUGAAGCUGGCAACAUCCAUGUUUGUCGUAUCUGUCAAGAGGAAGCAGAAGAUGCAAUUAUGUCCAAAUGUCGUCACAUCUUUUGUCGUGAAUGUGUUCGUCAAUGGGUCGGCGAUGGUGAAGCAGAAGAUGGACGUGCACCUGAAUGUCCUUAUUGUCAUGCCACUUUGACGAUCGAUCUGGAAGGUGAUACGUUGGAUCCCCCACGUGAUAAUGACAACUUGGGCGCUCGUCAAGGACUCUUGUCUCGUUUGGAUUUGAACAAAUGGCGUUCAAGUACCAAGAUUGAAGCAUUGGUAGAGGAAUUGACUAAAUUGCGUUCAGAAGACAAGACGAUCAAGAGUUUGGUGUUCAGUCAAUUUGUCAACUUCCUUGAUUUGAUUGCAUUCCGCUUAACCCGAGCCGGUUUCAAUAUUUGUCGAUUGGAAGGAAACAUGUCACCUGAAGCACGUAACAAGACGAUUGAGCAUUUCAUGAACAAUCCGGGCGUGACUGUCUUUUUGGUUUCACUCAAAGCAGGUGGUGUGGCAGUGAACUUGACGGAAGCUUCACGUGUUUACUUGAUGGAUCCUUGGUGGAAUCCGUCUGUUGAAGUUCAAGCAAUGGAUCGUAUUCAUAGAUUAGGUCAACAUCGUCCGAUUAUCGUUAAACGAAUGGUUGUUGAAAAUUCCAUCGAAAGUCGUAUUAUAGAAUUACAAAACAAGAAAAGCGCAAUGAUCGAAGCAGCAAUCGGAAAAGAUGAUUCAGCAAUGGGUCGUUUAAGCGUUUCCGAUUUGAGCUUCUUGUUCAGUCUUUAG